GUUGCUAAUAUGGUCGAUGGAAAGGACCGUCGUGAAGUUAUAAGCGACAACUUACCACAUUUGUUUGGGUUGAGUCUCCUUGGAGACUACUUAUAUUGGACAGACUGGCAGAGGCGAAGUAUUGAUCGAAUUAAAGUUACUGGAAACGGACGAGAAGUUAUUGUUGACCAGUUGCCCAACGUGAUGGGAUUGAAGGCAGUUCGACUGGGAGAUAUGAAAGGAAGUAAUCCUGCUUUGGAUUUUGACAUCAAUGAGAACCGCAUUUAUUGGACAGAUGUAAAAGUGAAAGCUAUAAGCCGUGCCUUUAUGAACGGUUCAGAUAUGCAGAAGAUCGUUGAAUUUGGCUUGGAUUCACCAGAAGGUAUGGCUGUGGAUUGGGUAGCUCAUAAUAUCUACUGGACUGAUACGGGUAGCAAGAGAAUUGAAGUUGCUGGAUUAGAUGGACGCUCUCGGAAAGUUCUAAUAUGGAAAGACAUAGAUGAACCUCGCAGUUUGGCACUGGAUCCAAGAGAAGGAUACAUGUAUUGGAGCGAUUGGGGUUCUCAAGCUUGUAUCUCGAGGGCCGCUAUGGAUGGCACACGCCGUACCGUUAUAGUAGCAAAGGUGGGACGUGCCAAUGGUUUGACAAUAGACUAUGUUCAGCAUCGCCUCUACUGGACAGAACUGGGACAGCGUGUGAUAGAGAGCUCUGACCUGACUGGAAAGGAGAGAGCUGUAGUUAUUAGUGAGAAUUUAGAGAAGCCAUUUGGAUUAACUCAGUACUUGGAUUACAUCUACUGGGCAGACUGGAAAACUGGCAUCAUUGAGCGAGCCAACAAGACAAAUGGUUCAAAUAGAACCAUCAUUCACAGCAAGCUGGAAUUCAUCACAGAUAUUCUUGUUUUUCACACUUCACGACAGUCAGCUUGGAAUCAGUGUGCUGUAGGGAACGGCGGGUGUUCACAUCUCUGCUUAGCAUUGCCUCCAUUAGCAAGCAGCAGGCAGUCCAAUACACAUUACUGUGGCUGCCCCACUCAUUACACGCUUGGAGAUGGUAACAAGACGUGUAUAGGACCAAGAUCUUUCCUCCUGUUUGGUCAGAAGAAUUCGCUGAGUCGCUUACUUCCCGACACUGAUGACUGUCCUGAUGUAGUCCUUCCCAUCCAUAGUGUGAAGAACAUUAAGGCUGUUGAAUUUGAUCCUGUUUCACAGUAUAUUUAUUGG